CUGUGUUUGAAUCAUGCUGGCUCUGCCCCCGAUCUGCUUUUUUUGUCAGUCUCAGCCAACCCUAUGGGGAAGCACUGUGAUUGGAUCAGGCCAUUACUUCUGAUGAUGUCAGCAGACUGCUUGUCUUUCUGAGUCUAACAGCAUGCAGAGUUACAGCUUCAGGCUUGAAUACAGUAAGAUUUUGCUAUAUUUAUGGAGGCAUGAGGGGCCCGGGGGGUUAGAUGGUGGUUUUAACACUAUAGGGUCAGGAAUACAUGUUUGUAUUCCUGACACUAUAGUGAUCCUUUAACUGAGAAAUCUUCCAACUCUGCUAUAGCCGCAGCUUGCCUAUAGCUGUUUGGGGUCCUUUCUUGCCGUCCCAGGAUUGUGGGACACCAGGGAAAUAUUCCCAGAAAGCAUGUGGAAGAGUGGGGGGUUUGCACAUGUACGCCAUCGUGACAGGCUGUCUGGAAGGAUAGUCAGUGCUGCCUAUACAUUGAACAUUGUGUGUAUGGGGUGAAAUGCAUUGUAUGUGUGUUUAAACAUGGGUUCAUCAUUGUUAUUAUUAUGGGAAUUUAUAUAGCGCCAAGGUAUUCUGGAUCACUUGGUACUAUGCUCUGCCCAGUUCUGGAUUUAGGGCUGAUCAUUACGCUGCAACUGAGAUGCUGUUAAAGGAACUCUCCAAACACCUAAAACAGAAAUGUUUUAGUAGUUAAAGGAACAUGCCAAGCACCAAACCUCUAUAUGGCACUGCAGUGGUUAUGGUUCUAGAAGUCCCUGAAAUCUCCCCAAUGUAAGUAGUCAAACUAUUUGCUAACAACUUGACAACCUAUCUGAGGUCUGCUGGGCUCCUCCAUUGAGACAGCGAAGCUCCUUGCAUUGAGCUAAUCUCGGUGGCCAAUUAGCCGGCCCCUGUAAAACCGGGUUAAGCCCAGGUCCGCUAACGGAAGCUCCAUGCAGCUUCUUGCUCUUAAUGGAGAAAGUGACUGGCACCUGGCGGACCCUAGGUAUGUUGUCAAAUGACUAGCCUGGGUGCGCUGCAGUGGUUUUGGUGCUUUGAGCGGGCCAUCUACAGCCAGAAAUUCAGAGGGAAUUUAUGUUUCUGUCUUUGUCAGGGUCGAAUAACAUUUGCAAGUACCUAGCAUAGACAGUGUAUCGUGUCAAUGUGGGUCAUUUUAGGUUGUAACAGGCAUUGAGUUACAUUGUAGCAAUUUUUCAGGAAGUUUCUGUUACUAAGUAUCCCAUUUUGGGUAUUAUUACAUUUACCUAUCAGUAUAUACCUAUUAUCCUAUCCUGUUUGCUACUCACCUUUAUAUGUCCUGUCUAAGAGUUUAGUCCAGCUAACCCUCUAUAUAUACCCCUCAUUAGCUCUCCUCAUUGAGUUAGGUGUGAAGUGUAUAGGUGUUUUUUGGUAUUUAUUUUCGUCUAUUGUUUUCUGGUGUAUUUCAUGUAUUACAAUAAAUUGUGUUUUUAAAUUUAUAUUUACAUCAUAUUUUGAGGGUCUCUCUCAAGUGUCCCUGGGACCUCCUGUCCCACACCAAUGUUUUGUUCUCCAAUUUGUUUAAGGGUUAUCCCCUGUGAGACAACUCAAGGACACACUGAAAAGCUCCUAUUAAAUGGGUUUUUUGUUCGUCUUUCUAUUCUAGUUCUUAAAUUGUAAAGGGCUGCGGAAUAAGGUGUUGCUUUAUAAAAGCCAGUAAUAAUAGUGAAUAAACCCCUACUAUAAUUAUUAUUAUUGCCAUUUAUGUAGCGCCAACAGAUUCCGUAGCGCUUUACAAUAUUAUGAGAGCGGGGAUUUAGCAAUAAAUAGGACAAUUACAAGGAAAAUUACAGGAACGAUAGGUUGACGAGGACCCUGCUCAAACGAGCUUAAAGUAUAUAGGCACUGGCGUACAUACCACGGUCGCAGGGGUCGCAGAUGCGACCCAGGUAUGUACGCCAGUGCGGCCACGGCCACAUUUUGCCAGCCUCUUCUCCUGGGGGCCCCAGGAGCUGGCCACCUCAGUGCCCCCCGAGGCUGGCAGUGGCGUCACUUUGUAGGCGUGCAUGCAAGGGAGCAUUCUCCCCUGAGCUCUUUCUGCCCCGCUCCCUUGCGUGCACCGCAGUGAUGCCGGAGCCGGAAUAUGAUGUCACUCCGGCAUCAGUAAGCGGCGCGUGAGGGAGCUGAACAGGAGGAUCAGUGCUCCCUUGUCGCCUGCAGUGACUGACCGCCCAGCAGCCCCACUGGACCCCAGGGAAAGCUGGAAUCCCCUCAGCACUCCCAAAGGUAGGGAGGCUGGGGGAUUCAAUAAAAAAAAAAAAUUGUGAGUGUAUAUGUGUGUUAGUGUGUCAGUGAGUGUGUUGCUGUGUGUGUCUGUUACUGAGUGUGUUAGUUUGUGUGUGUCUGUUAGUGUGUGUCUAUUAUUGAGUGUGUGUCUGCUAGUGAGUGUCAGUGAGUGUGCGUGUGUCACUGUGUGUGUGUGUCUGUUACUGAGUGUGUUAGUGUGUGUCUGUUAUUGAGUGUGUGUGUGUUACUGAGUUUGUUAGUUGUGUGUUAGUUUCUGUGUGUCUGCUAGUGAGUCUGUUUGGUGUCUGUUAGUGAGUGUGUGUUUGUCAGUGAGAGUGUAUGUUUUGUAAGUGAUAGUGUAUGUGUGAAAUAAAUUCUCAUGCAAAGAACUUUGCAGAGAGAUAGAGGGAAAAAGACCUAGCACAAAAAAGCUCUGAAACUGGAUAGAAAAUAGGGAUCCACCAAAAACCUAUUGAGGCAAUGUAUAUAGUAUUUGCUACACUGGAAUAGCAUCAGUAGGAACCCAGGAGCUAGUUAAUGAGUAUAAAAAAAUAAAAAUAAUGCAAGAUAACAGACUAAAUACUUAAAUAUUAAAAAUGAAAGUAUAGAAAAUAUAGAAAAUAGUCUAUAAAUAAUUGUUUUGCAAAAUAUCUUAUAACCCAGGAAACAGAAAUCCCUGGGCAAAGGUAAUUUAAGCCAAAUGAUAUACUUCCAUUCACUGCAUAAGAUGAAAGAUAAAAUAACAAGAUGGCAUAAAUCUUUCAGGAUAUAUAAACUGCCAUCAUGCAAAAUAUGAUAUAGAAUGUGUAAUAAUAGGCAAAAACCAGUACAUAAAACUGGCUGCUGUAAACAAUGCAGAAAAAAUAUUGCCAAAAAAUAACUAAGAAUAACAAAGUUAAUUUUAUUUGAAACAUAAAAAUAUAUUAAAAAAUAAGUUCACAUUCAAGGCAAUAGAUGAUAGAAGGUAAAAUAUGCACAAAAACCUUAAGCGCCGGCACGGAUGGAUAUAGAUAGUAAUCCCGAUACAGUAUCCGAAUUCUGGUAGCCGGUGAGGCAGGUUUGCGUGUCACAGUGCGUUCCACCUCGAGCCUCACUUUGGGGGAGCUGCACUGCUGAUCGGAUCGUACUGUUCAGAUGCCUGCACUCCAAGCUGAUCACUGGGCUGUUGUGCUGAUACCUCUUUACUCUAUCCCUUUAUGAACGUUCUGUGAACUUGCUUUAGGCUUGUCUGACGCGUUUCGUAGGGGAUAGCCCUACUUCCUCAGAGACAUCUGUAUUCACCUCCCUAUGGGAGUGCUUAUAUAUUAAACAUUAAAAUUAUCAUUAUUAUGGUUUAGUGUCUUUGCAGGUAGCGUGUUGGUUUAGUGUCUUUGCAGGUAGCGUGUUAGUUUAGUGUCUUUGCAGGUAGCGAGUUGGUUUAGUGUCUUUGCAGGUAGCGUGUUGAUUUAGUGUCUUUGCACGUAGCGUGUUGGUUUAGUGUCUUUGCAGGUAGCGUGUUGAUUUAGUGUCUUUGCAUGUAGCGUGUUGGUUUAGUGUCUUUGCAGGUAGUGAGUUGGUUUAGUGUCUUUGCCGGUAGCGAGUUGGUUUAGUGUCUUUGCAGGUAACGAGUUGGUUUAGUGUCUUUGCAGGUAGCGUGUUGAUUUAGUGUCUUUGCAUGUAGCGUGUUGGUUUAGUGUCUUUGCAGGUAGUGAGUUGGUUUAGUGUCUUUGCCGGUAGCGAGUUGGUUUAGUGUCUUUGCAGGUAAUGAGUUGGUUUAGUGUCUUUGCAGGUAGUGUGCUGAUUUAGUGUCUUUGCAGGUAGCGUGUUGGUUUACUGUCUUUGCAGGUAGCGAGUUGAUUUAGUGUCUUUGCAGGUAGCGUGUUGGUUUAGUGUCUUUGCAGGUAGCGUGUUGGUUUAGUGUCUUUGCAGGUAGCGAGUUGGUUUAGUGUCUUUGCAGGUAGAGUGUUGGUUUAGUGUCUUUGCAGGUAGCGAGUUGAUCUAGUGUCUUUGCAGGUAGCGUGUUGAUUUAGUAUGCCACGGCUGGGGGCAUGUCCUCCUCGAGGAAAAUGUUUGGAGCGGGGCUGCAGCGUCCAUGGCAGAGGUGAGGGUAGUGUUAUAUGUGGAGAGGGCCAGUGACAGACAGGAGAGGGAAGCGAUGGAUAGCAGUUGGGAAUCAAUAUCAGCUGACAGCUCGUGCAUUAUUAUUAUCAUUUAUAUAGCACCAUCAGAUUCCGUAGCGCAUUGUAAAUGAUGGCUUGUUACUGCACUAUUUAUAUAUCUGAUCCAUUACGUCCCUGGAAUUAGACUAGCACUAUCUCUGGGUGUCCCAUUGUACAGCGCUGCGGAAUUUGUUGGCGCUAUAUAAAUAAUAAUUUACUAAUGUGAGAAUUUACAGCAUUUCCAAUUUAAGGCCAGACUGGCCAAACUGACAGCUGAAUGAGAAGAUUUCCUGUAAAUUUGAAAUUCACUAUAAUUUCACACUUUAGUUAAUAACCCUGUGUGUUUAGAGCUGGAACCGUGGCCAGCCCUUGUUGAACUACAUUUCCCGUGACCCCCGGUCAGUGAAUGCCAGCCGGGGAAUUAAGGGUAUUGUAGUCAUCCUCUGCCAUCAGCCGCUGAGCACUGUCUGCGUCACGUGAUUCUACCACCGCGCGCGUGCAGAAAUCCACAAACCUGUCAGCCACGCGGACACUGUCAAAACUUCCGGGGAGUGGCUGGCCGCCUGGGCGUGGUUAUGGGCGUGGUUAAAGGGAUCCUUGCAUUGAGUGGGCGGGGCUCGUGUUGAAUCUAUAAUCUGUUCUCCAAUGAGAUGUGAGGGGCGGAGUUUGUCCCUGCUCCCGGUAAUCCGGUGCCGGUAUUGGAGUCUAUGAACAUUGAGCGGCUGGAAUCCCGGAGGGAGCAGAGGGUGAGUGCGGGGUUAGCGGAGGGGGGACACGGGCAACCUCCCUGAGUGACAGCAAGAGGGAGCCACGUGUCACCUAGAGUUACAUCAGCCACAGCCACAGGGGACACAGAACCGGAAUAUACUGAGACUGUAUACUGACUGUGUAUACUGAGUGCCUGGAGUAUAUACUGAGACUGUGUAUACUGAGUGCCUGGAGUAUAUACUGACUGUGUAUACUGAGUGCCUGGAGUAUAUACUGACUGUGUAUACUGAGUGCCUGGAGUAUAUACUGACUGUGUAUACUGAGUGCCUGGAGUAUAUACUGACUGUGUAUACUGAGUGCCUGGAGUAUAUACUGACUGUGUAUACUGAGUGCCUGGAGUAUAUACUGACUGUGUAUACUGAGUGCCUGGAGUAUAUACUGACUGUGUAUACUGAGUGCCUGGAGUAUAUACUGACUGUGUAUACUGAGUGCCUGGAGUAUAUACUGACUGUGUAUACUGAGUGCCUGGAGUAUAUACUGACUGUGUAUACUGAGUGCCUGGAGUAUAUACUGACUGUGUAUACUGAGUGCCUGGAGUAUAUACUGACUGUGUAUACUGAGUGCCUGGAGUAUAUACUGACUGUGUAUACUGAGUGCCUGGAGUAUAUACUGACUGUGUAUACUGAGUGCCUGGAGUAUAUACUGACUGUGUAUACUGAGUGCCUGGAGUAUAUACUGACUGUGUAUACUGAGUGCCUGGAGUAUAUACUGAGACUGUGUAUACUGAGUGCCUGGAGUAUAUACUGAGACUGUGUAUACUGAGUGCCUGGAGUAUAUACUGAGAAUGUGUAUACUGAGUGCCUGGAGUAUAUACUGAGAAUGUGUAUACUGAGUGCCUGGAGUAUAUACUGAGACUGUGUAUACUGAGUGCCUGGAGUAUAUACUGAGACUGUGUAUACUGAGUGCCUGGAGUAUAUACUGAGACUGUGUAUACUGAGUGCCUGGAGUAUAUACUGAGACUGUGUAUACUGAGUGCCUGGAGUAUAUACUGAGACUGUGUAUAUUGAGUGCCUGGAGUAUAUACUGACUGUGUAUACUGAGUGCCUGGAGUAUAUACUGACUGUGUAUACUGAGUGCCUCGAGUAUAUACUGAGACUGUGUAUACUGAGUGCCUGGAGUAUAUACUGAGACUGUGUAUACUGAGUGCCUGGAGUAUAUACUGAGACUGUGUAUACUGAGUGCCUGGAGUAUAUACUGAGACUGUGUAUACUGAGUGCCUGGAGUAUAUACUGACUGUGUAUACUGAGUGCCUGGAGUAUAUACUGACUGUGUAUACUGAGUGCCUGGAGUAUAUACUGACUGUGUAUACUGAGUGCCUGGAGUAUAUACUGACUGUGUAUACUGAGUGCCUGGAGUAUAUACUGACUGUGUAUACUGAGUGCCUGGAGUAUAUACUGAGACUGUGUAUACUGAGUGCCUGGAGUAUAUACUGAGACUGUGUAUACUGAGUGCCUGGAGUAUAUACUGAGACUGUGUAUACUGAGUGCCUGGAGUAUAUACUGACUGUGUAUACUGAGUGCCUGGAGUAUAUACUGACUGUGUAUACUGAGUGCCUGGAGUAUAUACUGACUGUGUAUACUGAGUGCCUGGAGUAUAUACUGACUGUGUAUACUGAGUGCCUGGAGUAUAUACUGAGACUGUGUAUACUGAGUGCCUGGAGUAUAUACUGAGACUGUGUAUACUGAGUGCCUGGAGUAUAUACUGAGACUGUGUAUACUGAGUGCCUGGAGUAUAUACUGAGACUGUGUAUACUGAGUGCCUGGAGUAUAUACUGACUGUGUAUACUGAGUGCCUGGAGUAUAUACUGAGACUGUGUAUACUGAGUGCCUGGAGUAUAUACUGAGACUGUGUAUACUGAGUGCCUGGAGUAUAUACUAACAGCAUGGUGACUAUAUUGACUGAGUGUGUACUGACUGAGUGCAUGGAGUAUACGGACUGAGUGUGUACUGACUGAGUGCAUGGAGUAUACGGACUGAGUGUGUACUGACUGCAUAAACCCAGGAUAGCCCGGCAUGGAGUGAGUGUACUGAGAGAGUGACUGUAUACUGAGUGCCUGGAGACUAUACUAACAGCAUGGAGACUGUACUGACUGAGUGCAUGGAGUAUACGGACUGAGUGUAUACUGACUGCAUGACUCCAGGAUAGCCCAGCAUGGAGAGAGAGUAUAUACUAACAGCAUGGAGUAUACUGACUGAGUGUAUACUGACUGCAUGGAGAGUGUAUACUGAAUGGAGAGUAUGCUGAGUGUAUACUGACUGACUGAAUGGAGAGUAUGCUGAGUGUAUACUGACUGACUGCAUGGAGAGUACACUGACUGCAUGGGAUAUACUGCGUGUACACUGACUGACUGACUGACUGCAUGGGAUAUACUGAGUGCAUGGAGUACACUGAGUGUAUACUGACUGCAUGGGAGUAUAGUGAGUGUAUACUGAUUGUAUGGCGUGUACGGAGUGUAUACUGACUGCGUGUGAUAUCAGACAAUAUUCAUAACAUCAUAGAUCCAACAAUGACAUUCAUCAAUGCCCAUGACAUCACUGGGCCAAUGGUGACAUCAAAGCUGCUAUGUUAAAAUAUCUAAAUUAAAAUUUUUAUAUUUUAGCGUGCUUUAUCUAAUUGUAUAAAAAGUUAUGCCAUUUAUUUUACUCCGCAACCGUGUGUGCUUAAAUGGUACCAUUGUGCUAAAGUAUUCCCCUUCUCACCAGUCUUGCAUGUUCCCAGCUUGCACCUUCCACGCUCUGUCAGUCCCUUCAUUGGCUUCCAGUUAGAUAUUGGGCCCAAUUCAAAAUUCUGGCGCUUGCUUACAAAUCCCUACAUAAUGCUGCUCCAACAUACCUAUCCUCCGUCAUACACAAGUAUGUCCCGUCGAGACUCCUGCCUAUGUAAUGUAAUAAGAAUAUUUUAUAUUUUUAGACUUAAAGGAAGACAGGCCUCGGCUUAUAUUAAACCUUUCUAAACCGUUUCAUAUUAAAGGCACAAUCCAAGCACCAUAACCACUACAGCUUAUCCGGCUCUCCGUCUGAGGUAGUGGAGAUGGGAAGCAGUAAUCGGCGGAACCCAAGGAAAAAGUCAAUCCAGCAAAGGGCCACCGUAGAAUUCUUUGAAUGCAAUACUGUAGACAGACAAUUAUGGGACUUGAAGUUCAACAUCGUCUACGGGGUUGGAGUUUGACAAUGAGCUUUAGUGGUUAUUUUGCUAAAUGUUUCCCUUUACAGAGCUAUACACGUCUAUUAGAAACACAUUUUACUAAAGCUUAUACGUGGCUUGAAGGCAGAAAGAGUUUUUGGAAUUUUGCCCAAAUACAUCAAAUUGUUCGUUAGGUUAGUUUUCAAGAAUAUUUGUAUCUAAAAUAAGAAUGCAGAUAGAGCAAUUGCUGAUGUUUGAUUUUACUCAUUAAUCUAAUCUACUUUCUAGGACCAUAAAACAAGGUGGAAGGUGUUUUUAAUUAGGGCGUUUUUGUAAGAAACAUAAGCGUGUGUUUGAGAGAUUGGGGAGAGAUAAUUGUUUGCAGAACAUACUGUCUCUCCCUGUGGAAUAAACACAAUAUACCCCUACAUCCAACCAGCAAACCUCCCUGUGUAAUAAACACAAUAUACCCUUACAUCCAACCAGCAAACCUCCCUGUGUAAUAAACACCAUAUACCCCUACAUCCAACCAGCAAACCUCCCUGUGUAAUAAACACCAUAUACCCCUACAUCCAACCAGCAAACCUCCCUGUGUAAUAAACACAAUAUACCCCUACAUCCAACCAGCAAACCUCCCUGUGUAAUAAACACAAUAUACCCCUACAUCCAACCAGCAAACCUCUCUGUGUAAUAAACACAAUAUACCCCUACAUCCAACCAGCAAACCUCCCUGUGUAAUAAACACAAUAUACCCCUACAUCCAACCAGCAAACCUCCCUGUGUAAUAAACACAAUAUACCCCUACAUCCAACCAGCAAACCUCCCUGUGUAAUAAACACAAUAUACCCCUACAUCCAACCAGCAAACCUCCCUGUGUAAUAAACACCAUAUACCCCUACAUCCAACCAGCAAACCUCCCUGUGUAAUAACCAUAUACCUGUACAUCCAACCAGCAAACCUCCCUGUGUAAUAAACACAAUAUACCCCUACAUCCAACCAGCAAACCUCCCUGUGUAAUAAACACAAUAUACCCCUACAUCCAACCAGCAAACCUCCCUGUGUAAUAAACACCAUAUACCCCUACAUCCAACCAGCAAACCUCCCUGUGUAAUAACCAUAUACCCGUACAUCCAACCAGCAAACCUCCCUGUGUAAUAAACACAAUAUACCCCUACAUCCAACCAGCUAAGUUGCCAUAAAACGGAUUGGAAAAGCUAUGUUUUCUUUGAUCGGUUUGCCCAAUCAUGGUAAUCAAACGUAGCCUUUAAUGUGAGUUUUAUUGCUGUUUUCUUUUGUUUUACCCCUUCGUUUGUAAUGAUUGGAUAUAAAUACUCCUCUUUUCAGUACUUCUCCUGCUGUGUCCUUGCCCCACGGGGCAGACAUAUUUAAAUCUUUGGUUGGAAGCACAGUAUAUCCGACCAACGUCUAUACCGUUAAUUUUCAGUUUCUGGUUUAAUGAACAAGACCCUGUUUGUUUGGCAGCUGUAUGUACCUGUAUUGAUAUUCAAUAGGCCUUUUCUUUUACCAGGUAUUCCAGGUAUUAAGCUGUAGCCGUGCCAACAUCUCCUGUUCCAUAAACACUCUCCAUUUGGAUUGAGACACCUGCAAUCAUGAGUGUUGGCUUUAUCGGGGCUGGCCAGCUGACCUAUGCCCUCGUAAGGGGCUUCACUGUGGCAGGUAACAGGACUUGAAGGGAAACAUUGCGAUAGUACGGGAAUGUGCAAUACUGCUGUAUAUGUUGGAGCUUUAUACUCAGAAUAAUAUUACACUGACUGUGACGAGACCAAUUUCGCCACUGUGCAUUGGAGGAGCCUGGUUGCCUGCCUGCUGCCUUUUGACUAUGGACCGGCAUUUAAAUACUUUAUUUUCCUAUGCAGAAAGGUCUAUUCCUGUAUUUCUGCCCUGGCAUUCGGUAGAUUCUCGGAUUUACUGAAUUAACUCUUUUAACCCAGAUAGCUAUGUCAUGGAGCCUAUUCGUGUAAUAAAAGACUUUGGCUCCAUGGCAAUUGAACUGUAUGUGUGGUCUGAGCGCCAUUCAGUAAUAAUGUGCGCUCAGACCUAAGCUAUCUGGGGAUAUGUUGCAUGUCUGUAUUUUAUGUAAUAAAUGUAACCUUGUGUAUUUUAUUGUAUUUUACUGCCAUGUGCUUAAUGGAGUUUUGCCUCUGUCCUUGGAGAUAAUUGGAUUACUUCCCAAUUAUCUCCAGGAUAGAAGACUCUGUGAAACUGGUUUUGGGCAGAAAAGCCAUGCUUCCUUUUGGUCACAAAGGACUUCGAUCUAUCUUUUGAACCAAUGGACCAAUUUUGAUGAUUUUGACAUAUGUUUGUAUUUGGAGUAUGCUGAUUCUGAAAAGUAUGCUGAUUUUAUGUGAAUGUGAUGUAUACUUUUAAAGUUAUGAAUAAUGUGGGAAAACUGUAUUUCUCUGGCUUUGAUUAGAUUAACCCAUUGUGUAAGGUAAUUGUAUCACAGGCAGAGGGGAGGAUUUUGUGUGGGAGUGUCUGAGUGUAUUGUACGUGUUUAUUGGUUGUUUUCCAAAACCCUGUGGGUGGUACUAACGUGUAAGAAUGUGUAUAUAAGAACAAUAAACCCACAGCUCUGUCUGUUCCUGCUUGACCCUCAUUUAAAUGGUUCCGGUUCGGCUGUUUACGGCAUUCAUAUGCUUGUCCGGUUCAGUGACUUGGUGUCUACAGUAGCUCCCUCUAUAUCUGGAAGGGAAUAUCUCCUAAACGGCUGUUAACCCCUUUUAUGCCUUGGGGUGCCGUUACACUGACAUAACCCACCAUUUAUCACUGAGCUUUGAUGCACAGUGCUCACUUAAUUGCAUGUAAGCUUUAUAUUGUAUUACAUCAUGCAAUAAAGCCUGGAAGGGCUAUUCACUCUUAAUGCUGAAAAAUAGAACUUGCCCUGUAUAUAUGUAUCCAACUACACCUGUAGCCUGGCUGAGAAUUAUGGCAUUAAUAUCUAUUCACCAAGUAGGUGGAUUCUGCAAGACGCCAUCGAUUGCCAAAAUGCCUGUGGUACCUGUCACAUGUUCUAGAACAGGGUUAAAGAAUUCAGGUUCUAGGUUACUAGCCAGGUGUUAAAAGCUACAUGCCACUGCAAACCUGAGAGGGUCCAUGGUGAACCCACCAGCUUCUCAAUUAUUGGUGUACAAGGGUCAGUGCUCCCCUGUAAGCAGUGCGUUUUCGGUUGCUGCCACUGAUCCAAGCAGUUAGACAUGCCAAUUGCUGUGUGUAGAGCACUCAGUGAGCACAGCAGCUCACACUGGAGAGAGGGUGAUUAAUCAAUACCCCAAUAUCUUGUGCACUAGAAGGAUACGAGUUAUAGAAGCCUGCAUAUACAUAUCAGCUAUUAAUUUUCUGUGAUAAUCCCCCUUUAAUUUCCAUACCUGUAAUUAAUUUUCUAUCUUUCCAGGAGUGUUGGCUGCUCACAAGAUUACAGCGAGCUCUCCUGAUACCGACCUUCCAACCGUGUCUGGAUUAAGGGUGAGAGAGAUUUUUGUUGGUCACUAAAGGUACUUUAGAUGAAGUAUCUGGUGAAGCUGUGUGAUUGGGGGAUGUACAGAUUGUAUCCAAAGUAUUGUAGUGUGCAGCAAUUCUGGGAAAAAUAACAAGUUUGUGUCCUCAAAGGAAUAGCGUAUAUAUCCUCUAGUAAUUAAUGUAAAGUCUACAUCAAGUCGCUUGGUGCCAACGUUAUUGCUGUAGGUGAGUGGUAUUCGUCAGAGACCGUCUCUUAUCAUAUUGUUUGCCUUCUUGUGGGAUGUUAUUGCUGUCAGGAAACGUCUGAUGAAACAGGAAGCUUCUUGGUGUGUGUAGGUUCCAAGUCCUCUGUAAUUCGUACCUUUUUGCAGUUGGUGUUUCCCUUUGAAGGCAUCCAUCCUAAAACCAAGGAAGCAUGUCCGUUCUGAAACUGGGUAAUGAGGGAGGGCACUGGCAAGGGGUGACACCAGCUCUCUCACCACUGAGGUGUCCCUAUGGGAUAUUUUUUAGUUUGGAAGUAGUUUUUAGGGUUCAGUGCUGCUUUUGUUUUUUGAGGUAAUAUCCUACAUAAAACCAACAACAUAGGAAUACGGCACUAAACAAACAAAAAAAUAUGCAAUGGUGUAAUACAGUUUAGUUCCAGUAGAACUCUGUAUAAUUGCACUCACAAAAUAUGUGUAUAUCACCGCAUAUUAAGGGGGGCCUCCCCCCGCUGCAUAGGGGGCAAGGGUCCACUGCGCAACUGGACUCCACUAACCGAUGGUGGAUUUAGACUCCAGUGGUGUAUGGUAUCAAGUGUAUUUAUAUUAGAACACAAUUACGUAUUUCAUUUUCAAUAGAGAUUGUUGUGCAGAUAACUGGUAUUGCUAUGGGAACCAAGUUCACCCCAACUAUGCCAAUGUCUUUGAGAUUUUGGAAGGACCAAUUUUUCUGGUCUGGGCAUGGCUGACUGUGGAACUUGGUCCCAUGGUGGAGAGUUAUUGAUUACAUCAUUAUUUGGAGGGGUUCAGCAUCUUAUUUAAAAUGUUUUCGCGAUUAUAUUAAUUCAAAUGAAUUCAACUUAAAAUGUGCCCGAAGAUACAUUCUUUUUAGAUACAUUUUUUUGUGCUUAUGGCUUUUUUGUGAUUAAUGGUUUCCAGUUUCAUGAGUUUCAUUUUUCUAUAGGAUUUGGAAAUAGAAAAUCAAAAAUUUUAUUAAAAAAAUUUAAAAAAAGCAAAACAGAUAUAAAUAUUUAUAUCCAUUAAAGAAGCAAUUCUAAACCUUGGCUUAAAGGGACACUAUAGUCACCUGAACAACUUUAGCUUAAUGAAGCAGUUUUGGUGUAUAGAACAUGCCCUGCAGCCUCACUGCUCAAUCCUCUGCCGUUUAGGAGUUAAAUCCCUUUGUUUAUGAACCCUAGUCACACCUCCCUCCAUGUGACUUGCACAGCCUUCCAUAAACACUUAAUGUAAAGAGAGCCCUAUUUAGGCUUUCUUUAUUGCAAGUUCUGCUUAAUUAAGAUUUUCUUAUCCCCUGCUAUGUUAAUAGCUUGCUAGACCCUGCAAGAGCCUCCUGUAUGUGAUUAAAGUUCAAUUUAGAGAUUGAGAUACAAUUAUUUAAGGUAAAUUACAUCUGUUUGAAAGUGAAACCAGUUUUUUUUUCAUGCAGGCUCUGUCAGUCAUAGCCAGGGGAGGUGUGGCUAGGGCUGCAUAAACAGAAACAAAGUGAUUUAACUCCUAAAUGGCAGUGAAUUGAGCAGUGAAAUUGCAGGGGAAUGAUCUAUACACUAAAACUGCUUUAUUUAGCUAAAGCAAUUUAGGUGAUAAGAAUAGCGAAAUGUCAGAUAAAAUAGCCUAGAAAAAGUAGCAAGAAGAUUAACUAAACUGAAACGAGAAGAAUUUGUUAAAGAAAAAAAGUGAGAUAAAAUUACAUUUCCUUCAUCAGAGGAUUUAUGGUGUGACGCGCCAUUUCACAACAAGGAGUCUACCAGUGCAUCUAGGGCGGUAUGUCUGCUUGCAGGUAGAGGCUAUUAUCGGUUUACCGCGAUAAUCUUUAGAAUUAAAGGUGAGAUCUAAUCAGCAAACUGAUUUGGCUUCUGAGUUAGAAAUAAUCAAACUUUACAACUAAAUUGCUGACCUGUAUUUCGGUAAAGGUAAUUACGGUCUUAAUAAUCGUUUCAUACAACCUGUGUGAUAAGAUUAUCUUUAUCACUAAUCUGGAACAGAUUCAACAACAGAGUACAAACUCAAACCAGCUGCAUCAGACACUUUUAUAGAGAGAGAGCUUCAGAUCUGCUAUACCAGUGAUGUAUAACACUCGGCACUCCAGCUGUUGCGGACUCUGUUACCCAUGAUUCAUAGCCAGGCCAGCCAUUUACACAUUGUUUGAUUGUUUUUUUUGUUUUUUUUUUAUGAUACACUAUCUGUAAACAUUAUAGCAAAAGCUGGAAUAAAAGUAGUGUGAGCAGGACAUUUAGGUGACAGAUUACUCAAUAUUUGAUGCACAAGGCACAACAAGGGAUCUCUGCUGCAGUGACACUGUCCCAAGUGAAGAAUUUAAAAUGUUUAAUAAAUCAUUCACGAUUAUUCAUUUGGGACAGUCUGGAGCUGUAGUUGGGCGUAUAUUUCACGAUAAAAGGAAAUGGAUUAUAUAACCUUCACCACUGUUUGUCCUAAAUUUGGGCUGGAGUGGUUAGUCAGUUGGCUAGUACCAGCACUUUCUUGGGGAUGUACCCUUGUAACCAUCAAGAGUUUCAAAAUUGUUCUAAAUGAAAAAAUCUCUUGUCAAUGGUAAAGCUACACAACUAUUAGUAUCAGCGUAUGAGCAGUGUAUCAGAAAAUAAACUUAAACAAAGUAUCCAGAAAUGGUAAACUGGCGACUUUAGGCCGCUGUAGGGGCAAACUAGACACAAUGUCUCAGAUAAAGGCUUUAUUAUAAAUGUGCCAUUUAAACCACCAAUCUAUCUAUUACCCUUUUAGAAUUGUGCAGCUACUGAUAUCCAACAGUUUAAUGUAUACAAAACACCCUUUUAAAUAUUGAUAAAUGAUGGAAACGAAACUCCCUCAUUUAGACCAAAGAGAGAGAGAGAGAGGUGAUGGAACCUUAAGCAGUCAGAAUCUUUAUUACACUGUUUGAUAUCAGGGAAGAAACUGUAGGAAACUCUGGGAUACAAAUGGCUUUUACCAUUGACCAGACAGUUCUUCAUUUAGAAUACGUUUUAAAUUCUAUUUAUUUCAGGAUAAGCGGGGGGAUUAGACAAUAAUACAAGGUCAUUAUGAAUGGUUUGUUUUAAAGAACUGAUGGCAGAAAGUAUUUUUUAUUUUUUUAAAGAAAACAGGAGUUUGCACUCAUUAUAAUAUGAAAUCAUAUUCUGCAAUUUGCCCUCGAUAAUGACCUUGCUCAUACAGUAUUUGGUAGUAAUGGGUUAAGUUCAGGAAGCACAGCAUCUUGUCACAGUAGCGCAGCCCUUUGCUGAUCUACUGCAAUAGGUUCAUGUGCUUUGUGAAACGGAGCUGGGAGGAGGGGUGAUGAGAGCCCAUGGGCUAAUAAAAGGUGAUGUGCGGUGAGAGACCUUUUUAAUUUCUAAUUUGUAGAAGAUUGGAAUAAACUUCACCACCAGCAACAAGGAUACAGUGAAGAAUAGUGACGUGCUCUUCCUGGCUGUCAAACCUCACAUCAUCCCCUUCGUGCUGGAUGAAAUUGGCUCUGAUAUUGAGGACCGUCACAUGGUUGUUUCCUGUGCUGCUGGCGUAACCAUAAGCUCUAUUGAGAAGGUAAAUAUCUGCCUCUUACUCUAUCUGCUCUUUCCUGUCUGCAUUGCUCUUUCAUUCUGUACAUCUUGUCUCCGCGCUCUGUAGAAGCUCAGUUUCUUCAACCCAGCUCCAAAAGUGAUCCGGUGCAUGACGAAUACUCCUGUUAUUGUGAGAGAGGGGGCCACAGUUUAUGCCACAGGGACCCAUGCCGAGGUGGAGGAUGGGAAGUUGUUGGAGCAGUUGAUGGGGAGCGUUGGGUUCUGCACGGAGGUCGAAGAAGAUCUGAUUGAUGCGGUUACUGGACUUAGUGGAAGUGGUCCUGCUUACGUGAGUUUGAAUUUGGGGCAUAAAACUCCAGCCAUAAUGCCCACAUACAGUGGGUACAGUAAUUUAGCAAACACCAAGUACCAUCGCUGUACUGUGUAAUAUAGCCUGAGUUAAAAUGCCAUUGUGAUGUCUUUAAAGGCUGCUGUGCAAGGUGGAACGAUGGAGGGAGUCACUAUUUACUGUCCCUUUGCACAGAGCCAUGGCUGACAAAUUAGUUUCUCUGCGCGAUGAAUUAGGUGUUAUGGGCUAGAUUUUGUUGUGUAAAGCAAGGCAAAAGGUGAACUCUGUUUUCAGUGUUCUAGAGCAGUGGCUCCCAACCAUUCCUCAAGUUUCCCUCUACCAGUUCAGGAUUUAGGAAUUACCCUGUUGUAUCUAAAGUGGUUUUUAGAGAAAGGGAAAAAAACACUUCAGACACAACAGGGUAAUCCCUAAAUCCUGAACUGGUAGGGGGUACUUGAAGACUGGAUUGGGUACCGCUUGUCUAGAGAGAAAGGGUUAAUUAAUGUAGUAAUCUGUGUGAUUCCUGUAUCUGGCUAAACAUUAUUCUAUCUCUUUUCUCGUCAGGCCUUCACCGCCCUGGAUGCUCUUGCAGAUGGUGGGGUUAAGAUGGGUCUUCCUAGACGGCUUGCGGUUCGUCUUGGUGCUCAGGCCAUGCUGGUCAGUAUUUCCCCUCUUAACCAUUUUAUAGAUCUUUAUACGGUUUGCCUUUUAUUUUUUUUAUAUAUAUAUAUAUAUAUUAUUAAAAAAAAAAUUUUUUUUUUUUGUGCAGGGUGCUGCAAAAAUGCUUCUGGAGUCCGAGGAACACCCGGGACAGCUGAAGGACAAUGUGUGCUCUCCUGGUGGGGCCACCAUCCAUGCUCUGCACUUUUUAGAGAGUGGAGGCUUCCGCUCACUUCUCAUCAAUGCUGUAGAAGCCUCUUGUAUAAGGACAAGGUAAUGGGGUGACUAAUCUGGUGUCUUCUAAAUAGUCAAACUGUACCUUUACUACUUGUUUGUCUGCCUUGGUCCACCUGCCAAGUCUGUCUAUCUGCCAUUAUGUGCAUCCUGCAUUUUCCUUGCUCCAUCCCCCUUUACCUAUCUGCCCUUUUAGGAUCUUGUAACAAAUCCUAUUCUAAGGAAUUGCGUUAUUGAAUAUUGAGUUGGGCAGUUUGAGAAACGAUUCAAUUUAUAUUCCAUAAACUCUUGCUGAGAAAAUCUAAAACGCUGCCAUUAAAUACACUUGGAAUGCUAUGAUUAAGUAACAGGUGAUAACUGUUUCCUAGUAUGGUCAGAGUGUAUUACAGGAAGCUGCAAACUUUGGGAUUUGAAGGAAAAGAAAGAGCUUUAAUAUUAUCAUUUUUUUUUUGUUAUUUUUUUUAUAAAUCUGUCAUCUGUAUGAUUAGUUAAAGGUUAAUUCCAGUAUGGAGUAUCCCUUUAGAUCAAAGGGUGCAAGAAUGCUUACACUGAUUCCUUCUGUCUCCAAAUGAUGCUCCUAUCCCCACCAACUCUGUAUCAUCCACAUAUUUUUUUCCAUCGUAACGGUUUUCUUUCCCCCACUAUAGGGAGCUCCAGUAUAUGGCUGACCAAGAGAAGAUCCCUGCAGGUUCAAUUAAGAAGACCACAUUAAGCAAAGUGCAACAGGAGUCCCCCUCCGUCUCAACUGCAGCCCAGGGAGCUAAAGUCAGUCUGUUUAACAACAAGUACCCCAGUGGGUUAAAAAAGUUUUGAGAAAGCACGGUUCUUCCUCUGUAACCACAGAAUUGAAAACAUAGCUCCUUAGGAGGCCAGCCAUAUUUAGGUAGCGUGUAUGUGUGUUUCGAUAGGGCGUCUGGCAGAAAGCAUGUGAUUUUAUUUGGCUUAUAUUUUAUUUUCUUACAAAAAUGCAUUUUAGAAUCCUUUAACCACCAGUCUACUUCUUGGUAGGAUUAGAUCCUUGGCUGCAUAUUGCUUGUAGAAGCUUCAGUUUAUUUAAAACAUGUAAUAAUUAGUUUUUCCCCAAAGGAGAAAAAUCAAGACUGUAAUACCUGAUCUGUAACGGUUUUCCAUGUAAAAUACUCACUAUGAAAAAUAUCUGUAAAGAUACCAAAGUUUUUCGCUGGGCAUCGACGGUUUCCUGCGCUAUUAUGGGGAUCAUGGUUUUUUUGUGUGUGUUUUUUCUGAUUUUCUCGUUAAUCUCUGUAAUAAUAAAUAAGUGCUUCAUCCCAAAAAAACUAUGAUUUACAGGAACACUCAAAGCACCAUAGCCAAUGCUGUGUAAGUAAUUUGACUACUUACUUUGGGAGGGUCCCUUCUGGUCCCAUACCAACUACAGAAGGUUGCAGUGGUUAUGGUGCUUUGGAGUGCUUAUUUUUUAGUUUUUUGUGUUUAAACAAUUUUAGGACAAACCUUUGGCCCCACUCUACACGACUUUUUAGCAUCUGAUGCUUUUUAGGGAAUGUCUCUGUUAGAAAAGGUAUCAAAAAGAGUGCUCAAAAAAAUAGAUACAAUCAAAAUAAAAUGGAUUAUUUCUCAUUCUUUCUGGGAAAUUUAAAUAAUGAUAUUUACUUCAUGAUUCAUCCUUUCUAUGAAGUGGAAGUCUAACGUGCAUAAUAGGAUUAUAUGCCAUCACGAGGACAAUGUCUUAUUGAAUGGAUGAUACUUUAAUUAUUUACAUAAAAAAAUGUUUUGUACUUUUUAAUGUCUGUCAGGUGUAUUAUAUUGUCAACACUCUGUUACCAAUCAAGUACUGUCUCUUAAAAUAUUUUUAUUAUACAUGUGCACAGCUCCCUCCUAUGGUACUGUAGGUUUUGUAAAUGUUGGAAAAACUCAAUUUGGGCAUUCAUGGCCUUCCAGAUUCCAGGACCACAUUAUUUUGUUAAAUGCAAGUAGCAAGCAUUGGGCUGGGUUGCAUUCUUUGGAGCCUGUGCCUGCCCUUGCUCCAUCGACCAAAAUAUCAGUGAAAAUAAGUACCUCCGCACACGGUGGUAGUGUAUAAUGGUGGUUUAUUCAGCCAUGAACGGGCAAUGUUUUGACACUCUUGGUAUAUUAUUUAACUAAACUAUAAGCAGUUCCAAAACUAAGGGUACAAUAGCAGUAAAAAGUAUCCUCCAACUUUAACAAGUUAAUUUCCCCAAAUUCUUCUACUUAGACUUCUAAUUUCCAAAUACCUUCUCUAUGCACAUUCCCUGUUAGUGGAUAAAUUCACAACUCCUUGUUUAGUGAAAAAAUAACAAACUCACAGCUUUAUUAACUAAACUUGUAGCAAACUGCUAUCUUAAGGUUAAAAUAGUGGAUCUGAAUACAUUUUCCUGCUUGGUUUUAGACAAAGCUUGGCUAUUUAGCCUUCAUUUUGCAAUUCUCUACAAUAUUGAAUUCAGUGAAUAAACACAUCUCCUUUGAUUGACUCCAGAUUCCAUUUUGACAUCAAAGAGGACUCAACUGGGGAGAAAUGUAAAAUUCAGAUUUUGUAAAACUGGAAUCACGCUUGUACAUGAAUAAAUCUGUUAUUCAACUGAUUAAUUCAAUGGUUAAAAUGGGUGGAAAAAUAAGAUUCUCAGCUAAUUAUACGGUUAAAGAGCCAAUUUUCUAAAGAAAGUAUUAUGACUUCAGACAUAUAUCUUAACAAUAUAGAGGACUACCAAAGAAGGAACUUAUCGAAACUCCACCAAAUUUAAACCACUGUGGCUUGAUAACUACAGUUGUAAAAAGUUUUAAUAAUGGAUAUUUGUUUUAUCUCUAAUAUAAAAACAAUAUAAUGGAAAAUUUUGGGAUUUAUUGACUAAACUGUCAAUGGUAGUGAAUAGAAACUAAAUCCUCUAUUAUUUCCACAUUUUAGACAAAAAUAUCCAUCUGUAAAAUGUAACUGACUUUUAAUUUUUUUUUUUUUAAACCAGAUUUAUAUUUUGCAAACUUUGUUUUUUCGUUCUUCACAAUUCACUUUUUAGUAAAUUAACCCCCUUUUUUGUUAACGGUUUUGAAUCACUCAGACUGUCCUGCAAAGACAGAUUUGGUACUUUUUGUAUUAUUUUUUUAAAUUCGGUUUUUGAACAUUAAAGCUUUCUUCUCCUCUUGGUCUGUUUUUCUAUUUUUUUUCAGAAAUAUGGCAAAUUACUAAUUGGAGGUACUAGGUGAUAUUUAAACAGGAUGGGAUAGAGUACCCUGCUAAUUAAAUAUCUGUGUGUCUAAUACUUCAGACCUGACUUUGGUUUAAUAAAUUCCCAUGUUUAUAACUCACUAAUUAUUGUCAAAAAUCUUAGAAACAUGUGUCCAUACGCAACUUUGUGAGUACUACCAACAAUUAACUUAUCUGACCCCUGAUCAAUCGGGCUUUCGCCAGAAUCACUCCACUACAACUGCCCUCCUAAAGUUUGCAAUGACAUCCAAACUGGCAUGGAACAAGGAGCCCUAACUGGAGCUAUUUUCCUUGAUUUUGCUAAGGCCUUUGACACAGUAGACCACGACAUUCUACUGCACAAACUCGAAAACUCAGGUAUUGGUGAUCAUUCUUUAAACUGGUUUCGAUCGUAUGUAUCGGAUCGCUCGCAAUAUGUGUCCAUUUCUGACAGCGACUCCCUCCCUCUCCCAGUCACGUGUGGUGUUCCCCAGGGUUCCAUUCUCGGCCCCCAACUAUUUACAUUAUUUAUAAAUGAUCUGCCUAAUGCCUGCCAAUCCUCAAAUGUACACAUGUACGCAGACGACACGGUAAUCUAUGCGAGCAAAUCCGAUCUACCGCAGCUUGAGGCUUUGCUCCAAGAGCAGUUUACAGAGGUAGAAAAGUGGAUCGCUAAAAACAAACUCUUCCUGAACACUGACAAAACUGUCACAAUGAUCUUUGGAACAGUACCUAAAUUACACAAAUUACACAAUCCCCACCUAUCCAUCAAAACAAAUUCAAAUGGCAGACUGACCACAGUCCACUCUUUCAAAUACUUGGGUAUGAUAUUAGACCCCAAUCUAUCUUUUGGCCUGCAC